CUUGUCCAUCGCUGCCUCUGUAACGGCGACCAACAACGACCUCGCCCGUUAUGACAUCUCCGUGGUUGGAAGCUGAGCAGGUUUCCCAAAACGGACUAGCGCCGCUUCACGGUCGACGCCCGUCUUUAGCGACCAGGAUGGCUCUGACAUUUCUGACUCCUUCAUCCAUCAACAACGCGCGUGCUUGUGCUGCAUCGGAUCGCACCAACAUCCACCAUCACGCUCUACCACUUCUAAUCCUCGACUGACGCGACAUUUUCGCCCCUGCGGCCCCAACUCUCGACGAUUUUACAAAAUGCCUGGUGGAAAGGGAAAGUCUAUCGGUGGAAAGGCCGGCUCCAAGGACUCUGCGGGGAAGAGCCAGAAGUCCCACAGCGCAAAGGCUGGUCUGCAGUUCCCUUGCGGUCGUGUUAAGCGCUUUUUGAAGAACAACACCCAGAACAAGAUGCGCGUUGGCGCCAAAGCCGCCGUGUAUGUCACUGCUGUUCUCGAAUAUCUGACUGCGGAAGUUCUCGAAUUGGCCGGAAACGCUGCCAAGGAUCUCAAAGUCAAGCGUAUCACCCCGCGUCAUCUGCAACUCGCCAUCCGUGGAGAUGAGGAGCUGGAUACCCUGAUCCGCGCCACUAUUGCCUUCGGAGGUGUUCUGCCGCGCAUCAACCGCGCGCUCUUGCUGAAGGUGGAGCAAAAGAAGAAGAACAAGACUGAGGCUUAAAUGAUGGUGGAUACCCGACGAACUCCGGCGUUUGGUGAUUGAAUGAUCGUUAAAGGGAAAAAGCUAGGAACGGGUUCUUUACUGUGAUCAUGAUGCUACCUCCACCCCUCUGCAAAACCACACCCGAACAGGGAGGCAAGGUCAUGUCCUUCUGACGAACAAAAAAAGCCCACCUUCUAUUCUCGUGACGCUGCGAAGCUCGAGAUGAUAUUUUUCCAAGUUCUUCCUUGCUUCCCCCCAUCUUUUAUUUUAUCAUUAUUAUUUAUCUCCCCUGACAGCUUGAUGUCUUUUGUGUAUUCCGUGUUUCAUGUCAAAUUUUCCAAGGGCGCUGUAAUGGGAAAAAGGGGAUAUGUUUCGGUAGUGGGAAAGUUAUUAUUAUUUCCAUGAUUUUUUUUUUCUUUCAUUUUACCCCUUUUGUUUCUGUACUCUUGUGUCUUCUCUUAAUAUUAACGGGUCUGUACGAGUCUACCUUUUUCUUCACCUCCUUUCCUCUUAUCUUCUUUCUAUUGUGACCCAUUCAUUCAUGCCCUGGUGAUAUAUUAAGUGAAUGGGUGAGUGGAUGGUGUUUAUAGGAGUCGUACUACAUGAGUAUGGUGUGAGUAGAUCUUACUACCUUCAGUAACAUUACUUGAACCCGCUUGUAUGGAAAUAAACAUUAGUAUUAUCGUACGUAUAUGUUCAAAGCCUGAUAUCAUAUUAU